AUGGCGGUGCCUGUGCGGGUGAAGCAGGAGCCCGUUUCGGAGUCCUUCCCGACGCGGUUGCCGGAUCCUGCGGCGCUGAUGUGCAGCAAGCUGAUGUCGUGUCCUUCCCUGUCGCUGCGCCAUUUGCUGGAAGGAUCCGACGCUGAGCGCGCUGAGAAGACACAGCUGUUGACUCUACAGCUGUCGCGCUGCCAUCAGUCGGAACGCUUCGAUUACCAGUCUGAUGCCGCUGUGUUUUGCACGUUGCUGAGGACUGCGAGCACCCCUCUUCAGGUGAAGGUGUGUGAGUUGUUGGUAGCGUACUUGAAGGCUGCCCACGUGGAUAACGAUUUGGUCGACAACGAUGAAGGCAUACAAUCAGCGGAAUCGCUUUUGUCCUUCUACCGGCUGCUGCAUGACGACCUGGUUGCGUAUGCACUCCCCAAUGUCAAGGCAGGUGACCAGUGCUCGUUGUUUCUUUGCAACUUGCUAUCCAUAUGUUCCUCUCGCAGAGUGUUUGCGGAGAUAGUUGGCAUGUUCGGGAGCAGCGUGCGUUCGCUUUUACCUAGCGGCACCCCUGGUGGGAUGGCGCCUGAGCUGCCAGUUGACAACGCCAGGCGCGUGAUUGGGAUCAUGAAGACGCUGUUGUUUUUGACGAAGGCUUUCGGCGCCCCUACCGUUCCGUCCGAAGCGCUCUGCGCGAUUGCGUCGAGCAUCAUAACAGGAACUCGGACACAUCUAUGCCGGUUGUACAGUUACAACGUGCUUGCGUUUUUGUUGCGCAACAUCACGGACGAGGAAGAGGUCAAGGCCGUUCUGCCUGAUUUGAGCGCGUCGCAGUUGAGGAGGGUCUUAGCGCUUUUGAAGGAGGCGAACCAUCUGGGGGACACCACAUCGUGGUCGUUUCAACGCAAAGCUCGUGCCUCGGCUGCCUCACCAAUUCAAGCACCAGCUUCGACAGCGCCACCUCGCCAUUCCGAGACUAUAAAUACGGUUGUGCCGUCUGAUUCUGUGGCAGGUAGCCCCGCCGUGCCAGCCGCAGUUCAGCAGCUGCCGGCAACUCCGUUGAAGCCCACGGUGGCGGAGAAGCGAUCCUCGCCGUCGAUGCCUACGCACCUCAUGUCCAGUGCUACGACGGACACGGCUAAUGUAGCGGUUGCUGCGGUUACACCUCCUGUGGUUCGCGGCAACAACGCCGGUGAAGCGCUUAGCGAAUCUGCCGGUACCACCUGUGCAGACAGCACCGUCGUUACAACUGCCACUGCAACGGCCAGAGGUGUCGCCCGAGCUGGAAACCGGCCGCCGAUGAAUCGUGCAUCCUCGACAAAUUCAACGGGAGCACCUACAACCAAUCGUUCAGUUCCGACGUCGAAUCACGUCGCUCUAGCUCCAUCUGGCGAGUCGCAGUCUUCAUCGGUGGAGCAGUUCAAAGCCGAGUGGCUGAAGCGGUUGUCGUCGCAGUUUACGUACUCUGGACAAAAUACGAAGUCUGGAAGUUAUGAUCGAGAGGCGUGGAAGGCCAAGCGCGAUAUUCUUACAUCCGUGUUGGACCAGGUGCGACGAGUUGCGUGUAGGUUGAGCAUGGGGCCCAGCGGCACACAAGUGGUUGGUAUAUUGGAAAGCAUACUCAGAUUCGAGUCUGCGAUUCCAAUUGUAUUGGGAGCACUGCAGUUGUUGGGCGUUUUGCUCGAUAAGUGCGGCGAAGGUUUUAUGCGCCAGGUAAAGACCCCCUGCUUAGUGGAUUUGGUGUUUGACCGUUUGAAGGACAGCAACGGCAAGGUGCAGGGCGCAGCAGUUCAGUGUGUUGCGUGGAUGAUAAAGUACGGAGAUGGCGCUAUGGUCUUUGAGGCUGUGAAGAAGUCCUUGUGCCACAAGUCCCCACUGGCACGCAUUGCCAUGUGCAACAUCAUUUCCGGAACUGCGGUUCUGCCCGAUUCUUUUGACAACAUAACGCAGGAGCUACAAUGCCACAGAUCGCAAUUGAUACCCGUUCUGACUUCACUCGCAUUGGACAAGAACGCCAAGGUCCGAUGCGCCGCUCUGGAGAGUAAGCGUGCAUUGGAAGAUCCCUCUUAUUCGAGGCCAUCUGCAAAACCCACAGCAGCGCCAUCCGCUGUAAUCAGGCCUGCUCCUCCCACUAGUUGCCCGCGUGUAACGGGUGGUAGCAGUCGUGCGACAUCCCGUCUACGUCCAAAGGCGGGAACCGCCGCUCCACCUGCUGGCCUCAAAGGGCCAUCUGGAGGCGCGCCGCCUGUUGGUGACGCUAAAAAGGAAAUCGCGAGUGCGGCUCCGCCAACCACUCCAGACGCUGUGCCAGCAGCGGUGGCGCCCGCUAAACGUAAGUUGGUGCGCAGGUUUUUGAAGAAAAGCUUGAGAAAGCAUAGCAACGGUGCCGGCGUGACCGUGCCUGCUCCGUGCGUCACUGCAACAUCUAGCUGCGAAACGGCUCCCACAGAAACAUCUACAUAUUCGGUGCCAUCGGAUGCGAUGGAGGUGGAUCCCCCUGUGUCGUCGACGUCAGUGGCUAUGGAUUUGGAUGAAACUGUGUCCGAUGACAUGUCAAGGUCCAGCGCCUUAACAGUCGCACCUACUGAAGAUCAAUUGUCGUCAAAUGUCGUGUACAGUUCAAAUUUCGAGGAUGGGGACAGCUCUACAAAGAAUUUGCCCGUGAAUUCACAAUGCGGUGUGGUGGCCACCCCCUUGGAGUCGAGUGAUAAACGAGUUAUGCCUGCGGCCAAGGAGACUAGGGUGUGCCCUGUGCCUCCCAGACCAAGAUUGUCCGAAAGAAUUUCAGCGGAAGAGGUUUCCACGUCGUUCGUUCCUUCUGAAGCUGAAAGUACGCUGUUGAACCACAUCGAUUCCAGCAUCCUGAACAAGAUCUGCCGCCGUGGAUCUUCCCGGCGCAGUCUGGCUGAGGGCUUAUACGAGCUCUCCAAGUGGUUAAACGGACAUUCGGACCUGGCGCGUGAGUUGGAGGCAUCCAUUUUGCGUUUCCUUUGUGAAUGCACCAACAAUUUCAGUGAGCAGUCCAAGACGGGCAAAGCUGCUUUGUAUUCAUUUCUGGAGGAUUUUAUUGCACCAGGUGUAACGUCGGAUAGUGCUGCGAUGCUGGUUGCCGCUAUCUCCACUGAUGUACGUAACCCGAAGGUUGCGUCCCUGAUAAAGCAGCUUUCUUCAAAUUGCGAUGGCGACACCUUUUUCGCUGCGCUAUUGACUGAUGGGAAUGGCUCGACCAAUUCAUGCGACUCUUCAGCGAUGUUAGAGUUCGUAUUAACACUGCUCACUCCGGAGUUGGUCGCCAAUUUGAAUGCGAAUACCGUCGGCAUUAUAGUGUCAUAUUGUGCACGUCUAUCAUCUGCAGACGGUGGGGACGUCUCGAUUCUAGCCGCCAAGGUUUUGGACGCCAUAGAUGCAGUUCCAACGCAGGAUGUAGAUGAGCACUUGUCGCCGGCCGCUGAGGUUGAGGCUGUUGCUCAAUCGCCCAAAUCAGACACCCUUACCGCUUCACAGUGUGAUUCGUCUCCCCUCCCGGCUCCAGGUUACCAACCAACUUCAACUGCUUCGUCAAGCGUAUCGCCCAUUAAUGACGGUGUACUGGCCGCCGCUUUCGAAAAAUGCCUCCCAUCUGCAGUUAGGGAUUCGAACAAGGUCAUCGCAACGCCGUCACCACCGACUGGACGUAGCGAUGGCUCGUCUAGUUCCUGCUACAAUUCGUUUGAGCUCCCUGAUAAGUUCAGCAACGCGCUUUUGUUCGCGUCCAUGCGUAUGAGGAAGAAGGUUUCCCGCGACCUGUAUUGCUGUAUGUUCGAGAGCAACGGCGAAAGUGGCUUGAAUCGCGCUUGUAUGUUUUGGGAGACAUUUUUGCAGCAGCCGAGGGAUUUGCUGAGUGGCAUGCUUUUUGCCGACAACAAUGUGCGAUUAGAGUUGCUGACGUGGUUGUGCUGCGCUCUGCUGCGUGGCUUGUGUGAAAAUCAAGUGUACCGCUGCUUCGACCGUUUGUUUGCUAAGGUGAAGGAGAUGGGCCUCAAGCUGUCGGUUGACGAGAGCGCCAGGGUGCUAGACGCACUUACCAUUUAUCGGGAGCGUAACCAGGGCAACGCAUUGCUGUUGUUCGAUCACCUCAUGCAGGUGACCAACGUAACCACGGAACUCUUGUCGGCUUGCUUCUCCCCCUGUGUAUGGCAAGCAGCUUUGUGUGAGCGUAUGGCAUCACCAAUCGUUCCCGAUUCGCUGCCCAGUACACAGCAGGCAUCUCAAGUGUCACCGCAACGGGUAUCAACUGUUGUCAGGUCCGAAGAGUCACCGAAGACCUCCAGCCCAAGUGGCAUUGCUUGCACCAGCCCUGCGAACACGUGCAAUGUUGUUGUGCCAGAGGGCACUGAAAUUCCGGAGAAAUCACCGAUAAACGGGGAUGCAAUGGAGUGUCAAAACUUGUCUGUGACAUCUAUUUCGGAAGACCAGGAUGUUACGGGACGUAACUCGGCCACGAAAUUCCGCGUAUCGUCAGUUCGUACUUCUGCAGAACGUGGCUCCAAAACACCAUGUGAUCCAUCUCCAGCCUCAGCAGCAAGUGCUGGCAUCGAGAACAACGGCUUCAUUCCAUCCAACAAGGCGGAACAGUGGAUCAAGAUGAAUGGCGAUAUUAGCACCGUGCGGCAUUCGGUAGGAGCCGUUGCGGUAGCACCAACAUCCAAUAUAAAGUCACCGUCCAAACCAGCGGCUGCUUCGUCGAAAUCUAUUGUGUUCACCUCAGCGUCCGCGCCGCCAUCAUUCGCCGCCACUUCCGCAUCCAAUACAAGGAAGCGCAUCUCUCUGGUUGCCCGUGAGUCUCCACUCUCACCCAAAACAUUGCGGUCAUCGCAAUCGGCACAGCAGGAGUAUAACGAGCAAUCGCCGUGCGUAUCCACAGGAUCACCCGUUGCAAAACAGCAAGGCACACCUGAAUCGUUGACUCCGAAACGGUCAAAGCUACCUGAUGCACCCUCAACAGAUGUUGUUAUGGAAUCUUCUGAUAAAGUCGUUUGUGAUGCGGUAAUGGAUAACGUGGGUGCGGCUACUGGUAAGAUGAGUCCAGAUAAAUCAACAAAUGUGUCUCCAAUUCCCAUUGCCACAACCAAUCCUCGCCGAUCGGGCACGGAAGAAAGACGCAGUGUUACAUUUGCUUUGGAAGGCGGUGUGCGUUGUACGCCCACUGCGGAGAUCUGCCCAUCCGAAACUCAUGCCGAGGCAGUUGCGGCGGUUGCUGAUACCAAUCUAUCCGCGAGAAGGUGCAUUGAAGAUGAGGCUGCGAACGAGGUUGUUAAAAAGGUUGUGCGGGAGACUGUCUUGGAUGUUGGCAACCACAUAUCGCAAGAACCCCUCGACCUUGGUCAGGAAGAUCAUGACGAGGAUUACGGAUCCUUCCCAGGAGACGCGCCGCCAAAUGGCGUUUGCCGAUCCCACACGCCGACGACCGCCACCAUGAGCGAUGUAUCGCUUUAUGCAGGCAGUGUGUCUGACUUGGGUGCAUCCUCACCGACAUGUAACAAGCGUGAAGCAUGUGAUAUAGGCAUACAAACAACCCCGUUGGUUAACUUGAUUGCUCAGGAUACCCACGAGUCUAUUUUGCCCACAGGCGUAAUCGAGAAGGGUGCUGAAGAUGUUACUGUGGCAUUAGGAUCGGUGACGGCUGUGGAUGUCGCGGAUGCCACCACUACUUCUGGAGUUGCAGAAGGUGCAAAUGGAUCCGACAUUGGCUCUGAUACCACAAAAUCAGCUGUUACCGAUGACACUCACGUUUCCGAUGUGGUCAGUGGUGCUGUAUAUCCAGACGUUGUCUCUUCUGCGUCAUCGGCCGCAGUGGAAUCGGCACGUAGCUCCGUUUCGCGCAUCCUGUCGCGUCACUUGCGCUGUGAGAGUGUGGAGUCCGAGUGUGAAUCUUCCAUGCUGCUGCGACGAUACAUGAAGAUGGUCGAGUCGAUCUUGUCGGACUGUUCCUAUAUCGCAAACUUCUGCCUGCUCUCCAACUACCAGGACUACCACGGUCUCGUGCCUUCUUUCUACGACGAGGGCAUAAUCGAGAGUUGUCUUGAAAGAACAGCUCGCAUACUGGAGAACCUUGCUGUGUUUCCCGACCAGCAGGUCGUGUCCGCGCUUUCCCCGGUGUUGGUCGACGCUUGUCACAUCUCGAUUCUUCGUCUGUGCAAGGAGGUUGAGGAUUUUUCGAGACUGGGCGUAUCCACUGACAAGGUGGUUGAGGCUAUUGUCUCCCUUAUCGAACUGUUUACUAUCGCUUCCGAGCGGCUGGACGGGCGUUCCCUGUUGCAGUACUGCGCGGUUGUGAUCCACUGCCUCGCGCUGCCCAAGGUCUGCUUCCACCGUAACGUGAAGCUGUACAACGGCCUGAGCAGGCUCAUAUCUGUUAAUGCGCUGGAGCAGGGCGUGGACGUGUUAUCGCGUCUGCUGGUGAUAUGUGUGGAGUUGAGCGUACAAUCCCUUCGACGUGGCGACGGCGGCCGCAUACUGCUGGCCAUGCUGCGUCUUACCAAGAUACUCCAGGUGCAAGUAAUGAUUCGGAUGCACUACAAGAAGUGCAUGAGUCCAUUAACGCGUUCAGAGCUCUAUAAGAGCCACUCGACGUACGUUGGCAUGCUGCGGGACUACUUGCGUGGCGCGUACUGCAAGCCUACGGUAGAACCCCGCUUACAGGAAGCCGUUCGCCAGUCUAGCAUACUGCUCAGGUCGCUGUGCGAGUCCGGCGAUGCAUGA